GUCGCUGCCGAGCGCUCUGACCUGAGAGCCGUUCUUGCUUGUUACCCGCGCAGGCUCGCUGUUUCCUGUCCCUGUCAGCUGGAAGAUGGCGACGUCUGUGUGCAGAGCCGGCAGCGCUGCGAGCAAAGCUUUGUUCAAGGCUCGCUCGGUGGGUAUCGGGCACCGCCCGGCAGAGCGUGCGGCAGGGUGACUGUGGGUGGCUAGUUAAUGGUCUCUGGGGGGGAGGGGGAGGGAUGUGGCUGAGGGCCUGGUGGAGGUCAUUAACAGGGAGCUGCCCUGAGAAGGUCACCCAGUCCCUGACAGCCAGAGCUGGGCCUGGGGAGGGCAGGAUACCGGGGGGCCCUCUCACACACCGACAGGGGGGCCUUUAUCCUCCACACAGGCUAUCAAAGCAUUACAGCGAUUAUAUGUGCUUUAAUAGGGACCCUUCUCCUCUGCCUCCUGUGUGAUUGGUAUCAUUAUAUACACAUGUCCUUCAGUACAAUAUAUAUAAAGGCAAAAGGAUGCACACCGAACUCAAUAUUCAUAUACAAACAUCAAUCUCAAAUAAAGCCUAAGGGGGACACUGUGCUUUGAGAGAGGCACAUUUAUUGCUGCUGAAAUGUUGGGUUUGUAGUAUCACAUGUGUCCAGCCCUCACAGGCUUUAUUUAAGUUUUGUUUGCUGAAUACUAUCAGGAUUGUGUUUGUUUUUUUUUUUUUUUUUGGUUUUUUAUAUUUGCCUUUAUCACAAACUUUUGUUUCUCUGUUCUAGUAUUGGCUGUUUAUUUGUGUAUUGCUUUUUAUGUAAUAAAGAUUGUUCUUUGUUUAUGAAUACUAAGUUUGGUGUGCAUCCUUUUGCCUUUUUUUUGUACUCUUUAUGUGCCUCUGUAAAAUAGCACCCUUUGUUUUUCAUGACAUUGUCUAUAUAUUCUGCUACCUUGGUACAGUGUAUAUACACACAUAAGAUGAUUGUCAGUGUAUUGCUGGUACUCUAAUAUAUGUUAACAUGGACACUUCUGAUUACCCUAUAUAUCCUUUAAUACGAUAGCGAUAGAUCUAUUCACAUUUAUAUGGAUAAUUCUUAUCAGUUUUCUAUGGCAUCUAAUGCAAAAUAUGUUGCCUUUAGUAUAAUAUAGGUUAACAGAGACUUUCUACAUCCUUUAAUGCAGUCUAUACAUUAAGAACACAUUAAUUGGCCUUAAAUAUUUUUCAAUUGCAUAUAAAUAGAGAUGUCGCGAACUGUCUGCCGGCGAACAAUAGUGUGUUCGCGUUGGGCGAACAUAUCCGCUUUCCGGUCCGCCCCCUAUACGUCAUAAUUGAGUAAACUUUGACCCGGAACCUCACAGCCAGCAGACACAUUCCACCCAAUCAGCAGCAGACCCUCCCUCCCAGGAAGUGUCUGCUGAUUGUGAGGUUCCGGGUCAAAGUUUACUCAAUGAUGACGUAUAGGGGGCGGACCGGAAAUCGGAUAUGUUCGCCCAACGCGAACACGCUAUUGUUCGCCGGCGCACAGUUGGCGACAUCUCUACAUAUAAAUGUACAAGAUCACCUGUACUGUUACUUUUACACAAUAAAGCAAUAAAAAAAAAAAAUGUACAAGAUCAUUAAUAAACAGACUUAAUAUCAUUUAAUGUACAAUAUCCAUCCUUGGUGUACAUGUCAUAUGCUUUGUUUGUCCAUUGAUGUAAUCUUGUACAGAGGGGAGCUUUUAAAUUCUCAGCAAUGCAUUUACCCAUUUAACAAAGAGUUGGGUAAAUCGCAAGAUUUGACAGUCCAUGCAUUUUUGUCCCGGUGUUCUAUCCUAUUUCCCUACCCAUGAAAAUCCCCUAUGCUAUUCAAUGCAACACAUGAUUAUCUGUUUUAUUAACUUUAAUUACUGUGGAUGUUUAUACAAGAGGGUUUCCUUUUUUUAAUUCCAAAAUACCAUAACUUAUGAUUACAUAAGUUACAAACUCUUUUAGCCUUAUUUUAUUAUUCAUGAUUUUUGCAUUGCUGGGUGAAUGGAGCAGUUUGCAGGGAAAUCCUGAGUUCUGUAUGACUUACGUUUCCAGGCGUUUAAUAUUACGUGUAUGGGAGUGUGUUUUAAUUGAUUUUUAAUACAUUAUUCUAGUUUCUUGCAGUUGUUCGAAAUCAGUUGGUUAAAGGAACACAAACCUGUAUUCUUGACCCUAUAGCAUUAAAAACACUAUUUAGCCCUUUUUGUCGCCUUAUAUAUAGAAAUAACUUUCCUUAUUUCAGCACCACACAGGUCUGCUGACGCUGGCUUUUUCCCACGCUGGCCCCCUUGGCUUACAUCAGAAUGAAUGAUCUUAGCCAUUUACAAUGGGUCCUCCAAGGAGGUGGGCUAAGCCAAAUGCUGCUCUGGCAAUCAGCAUCUCCUCAUACAGAUGCAUUAAAUCAGUGCGUCUUUAUGAGUUAAGUUCAGCGUCUCCAUGCAGAGCGUGGAGACGCUGAACAUUACAGCACUGACCCAGGAAGUGUCUCUAAUGACCUUCUGAGUGACUGCCACUGUAGGUGUUCCUAGGCUGCAAUGUAAAUGCUGCCUUUUCUCUAAGGAGGCAGUGAUUACAUGAAAGUGCCUGCAGGGACAUACUAUACACACUAGCGCAACUAAAGUAAGCUGUAGUUGUUCUGGUGACUAUAAUGUUCAUUUACGAAUAGUGUUUGACAUAUUUUAAUGUGUUAUUCAAUUCUUGAUCCACUUUAAUUAUUUUAAAGGGAAAUUGAUAGCAGCUAUACCAUGUCCGUCAUCAGUUUACACAUGUAGAUUAAUUCUAAUUUCCAUACUUUGCUAUUAACAUUGCUGGAAUAGCACUGCUGGAAAAAACAGGUGCACUUACUACAGUUGUAAUCAAAAUUAUUUAACCCCCAUUGAAAAUCGGGUUUAUUGUCAAAGUUUACAGACUUUCAGCUGUCUCCAAUGAACAAAUAAAACAAUUGAAAUCGCUCAAAACAACAAAUGCUUCAAGUGGUUUCGCCAAACUUAACUGAAAAUGCAACUUAUGACUUUUCCAAUCUCAAAAUUAUUCAACCCUGAAUGGAAUCCCUUGCAACAGCACACAUAUGCAAAACAGGUGUUGUCUCAAGCACACCUGAAACAACUAAUCAUGGGCUUCAUUAGUUGCAACAGGUGUGCUUGACCUGGGACACUUGAAAUACCUGAACUGACUAGAGGUUUGUUGAGUGUGACAUUUGACGGCAUGUUAGAAAUAUGUAUUCUUUUGUAUGUCAAAAGAAUGGUCCACAAAGUUAAGAGGAGAUCAUCACCCUUCACAAACAAGGAACAGGAAUACAAAAAGAUAGUGAAGGCACUGAAUGUUCCUAAAGACACUGUUGGAAGCAUAGUUCGCAAGUUCAAAGUUGAAGGAAUAGUGGUUACGCUACCUGGAUGAGGCAAAAAAAGGAAGUUACCGUAUAUACUCGAGUAUAAGUCGAGUUUUUCAGCACAUUUUUUGUGCUGAAAAACCCCCACUCGACUUAUACUCGAGUUAAUGUCUGUAUUAUGGCAAUUUACAUUGCCAUAAUACAGACAAGGACCGCCGGGCUCAUUACAAGCCCGGCGGUCCUGUUGGGGACUGACAGUGAGAGGUUACUUACCUUCCUGCAGCUACUGUCAGCUCCCUUCUCCUCCGUGCAGCUCUUCUGACAGCUCCCACUGGAAGUCUCGCGAGAGCCGCGGGGUCACCGCGGCUCUCGCGAGACUUCCAGUGGGAGCUGUCAGAAGAGCUGCACGGAGGAGAAGGGAGCUGCAGGAAGGUAAGUAACCUCUCACCGUCAGCCCCCCCCUCCUGCACAGCCCAUCCACUGGACCACCAGGGAGUGAGAGCCCCCCUCCCUGGCCAGCUAACAAGCAGGGAGGGGUGACAAAAAUUAAAUUAAAAAUACAAAAAAAAAAUACAAUAAAAACUAUUAAAAUAAAAAAAAUUAAAAUAUUAAAAUAAAAAAAACUUAAAUAUUCAAAUAAAAUAAAAGAAAAAAAUUAAUAAUAAAAAAUAAAAACCUUAAAUAUUCAAAUAAAAUAAAAGAAAAAACUUAAUAUUAAAAAAUAAAAACCUUAAAUAUUCAAAUAAAAGAAAAGAAAAAACUUAAUAUUAAAAAAUAAAAACCUUAAAUAUUCAAAUAAAAUAAAAGAAAAAAAAACUUACAAUAUUAAAAUAAAAAAUUUAUAAUAAAAAUGCCCUCCUUCCACCCAGUUCACACACACACAAACACACACUCAUACAAACACACACUCUGCAUUAUAUACACACACACUCAUAAACAAUCUGCAUUCUACACACACACUCAUACAAACACACACACACUCUGCAUUAUAUACACACAGAGUGUGUGCGUAUAUAAUGCAGAGUAUGUGUGUUUGUAUGAGUGUGUGUGUAGAAUGCAUUGUUUAUGAGUGUGUGUGUUUGUAUGAGUGUGUGUGUAUAUAAUGCAGAGUGUGUUUGUAUGAGUGUGUGUGUAUAUAAUUCUAAAAUCACAGAAUUUCAUAGUCCCAAGUUUUACCCUCGACUUAUCCACGAGGCAUAGCAUAUUUCACAAUUGUUGGUCACAAAACUGCCCUCGACUUAUACAUGAGAUCGACUUAUACACGAGUAUAUACGGUAAUAAUGGCUGCAACCAGAUUUCUCAGAAUGCAGGUUGUGAAAAACUCUUGACUGCAAGAGACCUACAGCACGACUUGAUGGCCAUAGCCACUGAGAUUUCAGUGAGCUUAGUAAGGCGUGUACAAAACGCAGAAGGUUUCAAUGCCAGAACUCGAAGACGUACAAUAAAAAAAAAAUACAUAAAAAAAAUCCCUGGUGGGAUUUGAAGAAGGUAGUUGUAGAACGCAAACCCAAGAAUAUUACUGAAUUGGAGGCUAUUGCUCAUGAGCAAUGGAUUAAGAUUCCUCAGGAUCGCUGAGGAUUGGAGAAGCCAUAAGUUGCAUUUUUAGUUGUGUUGAGCUAUUUCAAGUGCUUUUGUUUAAUUUGCUCAUAACAAACCGCUGAAAGUCUAACUUUUGGCAAUAAACUUGGUUUUCAAUGGGGUUGAAUAAUUUUGAUUAUAGCUGUAAAUAUCUCGGUAGAUGCUUGAGACAGUUUAACAGAUUGUGGAAGUGCAGCAAAGUGUGGUGUGUUCUUUUUCUUUUUUUUCUCCCCUUGUAUUAUACAACACUAUUUAAUGUGGUGAAGGAAAAAACUUCUUUUUUGUUUACUUUUUAUUUAUUUAUUUUUUUGAUGGUUAGUCUUAGGGUCUCGGCACAGCUCCAGUCUGUACCUUGAUAUGCUGAACCCAAGCUAUGCACACCGAAUAAAGAAACACUAUAGUGUUAGGAAUACAAACCGGUAUUGCCAACGCUCUAUACUGUGCUAGUUAGUUCCAGCCCCAAAUUGCCAUGUUAAAAAAAAAAAAAAAAAAAAAUUUUUGUUUUUUUUAAUUGCACUGAGACUCACUCUGUGCUUCCUCUUGUGAUUUCAUUUGGUCUUCUUUUUCAAUUUAAUGUCAUUGGGAACAGUGUGUGUGUGUGUGUGUGUGUGUGUGUGUGUGUGUGAACUUCUAAACAAAUGCUUCUGAUAGGGAGCUGCAUUUGAUGACAUUCAACGUCCUGGUCAUCGAACGUCCCAUGACUGAAGCUUGUUCAUUGCAGCACAAGUGCCUAUAGUGGCUGUCAGGAAGACCGCUACUAGAGUAGUUUUUAACCUUUCGAUUUAAAACGUUUCUGUAUCUGCUAAACUGCAGUGUUUUACAUGGAAGGUCUCAAAGGACAGGGCCACUGCACCCGGACCACUUCAUUAAGAUGAAGUCAUCUGGGUGCCUUUAGUGGUCCUUUAACAACUGUUUGGGGUUGUCUUAGACUUGCAGCAAUUUUCAUUGCCAUGUAUUUUGUAAUUGUGUGUUUGAUGUUUUAGAGUCGUACUUAUAUUUUAAAGGACCACUAAAGUGCCAGGAAAACAUACUCGUUAUAGUGCCCCCACCCUCAGGGUCCUCCUCCCGCUGGGCUGGAUGGCGAGGAAAGGGGUUAAACUUACCCUUUUUUCAGCACCAGGCGGGGAGCUCUCCUCCUCCUUUCCGCCUCCGAUCCUCCUCUUCGGCUGCAUGCGCGGCAGGAGCUGCGAGCGCAUUCAGCCAAUGCUUUCCUAUGGACGCUGGUGUCUUCUCACUGUGAUUUUCACAGUGAGAACCACGCAAACGCCUCUAGCAGCUGUCAAUGAGACAGCCACUAGAGGCUGGAUUAACCCUAUUAUAAACAUAGCAGUUUCUCUGAAACUGCUAUGUUUAUAAAAAAAAUGGGUUAAUCCUAGAGCUGAAGUGGUCUGGGUGCCUAGAGUGGUCUUUUAAUGUUACACUAAAAUACAAAGUUCAUUGUUGUCUUGCUCAUCUUAUAAUACAAUCAGUAACUUUGUAUUUUAGCAUGAUUGCUUGACAUUUGUUUUGCUACAAUUUUUCUUAAUUUAUUGUAGGAUCAGUUUAAGAAGUUACUCUACAAUAAAAUAUGAAUUUUAAUCCAACAUUUUUGAUAGCAUGUGCUUUAACCCCUUAAGGACCAAACUUCUGGAAUAAAAGGGAAUCAUGACAUGCCACACAUGUCAUGUGUCCUUAAAGGACCACUAUAGUGCCAGGAAAACAUACUCGUUUUCCUGGCACUAUAGUGCCCUGAAGGUGCCCCCACCCUCAGGGACCCCCUCCCGCCCGGCUCUGGAAAGGGGAAAGGGGUUUAAACUUACCUUUUUCCAGUGCUGGGCGGGGAGCUCUCCUCCUUCUCUCUUCCUCCGAUCCGCUCCGUCGGCUGAAUGCGCACGCGCGGCAAGAGCUGCGCGCGCAUUCAGCCGGUCGCAUAGGAAAGCUUUAUCAGUGCUUUCCUAUGGACGCUGGCGUGCUCUCACUGUGAAAAUCACAGUGAGAAGCACGCAAGCGCCUCUAGUGGCUGUCAAUGAGACAGCCACUAGAGGAUUCGGGGGAAGGCUUAACCCAUUAAUAAACAUAGCAGUUUCUCUGAAACUGCUAUGUUUAUUAAAAAAUGGGUUAACCCUAGCUGGACCUGGCACCCAGACCACUUCAUUAAGCUGAAGUGGUCUGGGUGCCUAGAGUGGUCUUUUAAGGGGUUAAACACAUUUCAGUAUCAGUAACCAGUUAAUUAGUUACAAAAAUAAUAGACCUAUAGUUUUAGGGAGAAGAAAAAAAAAUGCAAAGUAUGAAACAACCAAAGUUAGAGUUGAUAAUAAAGGAACUCGCUCUAAUGAAUUAUGUAGGUAAAUGUAGUGUUAACAAAAAUGCAAAAAAAUAAUUUAAAAAGGAAAAAAAUGCUCUGUUUUAAAUUUGCUUCAGUUCCCUCACUGCAAUCAGCAGUGAACUCUACACAGAGCAGGAAGAGGCCUAACCAAUCAGGUUGGUCUGUGGAGUUGGAUCUCAUCCCAUACACCUUUGUCUCAGAGAUUUGAGAUACAGUUCAGCUUGGGGCAUGGGUUCCAUUAAUUCCAUAUGUAAGUGAAAAUAUUCAAUAAGCCGACAGCAGCCAAACGGUUACUAUCAGUAUGAUAGACCAAUUCAUUGUUUUGAAUAAGGGUAUGACUUCACUAGCAUCUACUGAGUUACUGCAGAGCAUUUGUGCCGCCAUGACUUCAGUUCUUGGACUAGAGCUGGACAGAGAGGGGAAGGACUUGGAACGGUUUUGUCGCAGUCUGCAUGAGCACACUUUACAUAUAUGAUGAUGAAAUAUAGUUUACUCCUAUCAUGCUUGUUUGUAAAGGGGAAGACUUUUAGUUGCAGUGAUUUUUGUGCAGUUAUGUGACAGAAGGCAGGGAACCUCCCUGCAACACAACCUGUGCCUGACCUUAAGUUACUCUCCACUGUAAGCCAUAACAUACAUACCAGAGGUAAAUUUUACUGGCUAGUGGCACGUGGAAAUUUUAUACCCUGACCUAUGUAAUGUGCAUAGGUUAUUUGCAUUGAGUUUCUUUUGAAAGGAAAACCAUUAUAUAAAAAUUACUUUUUUUAUUUUAUUUUUUAUUCCAUUUUAAAGGUAGCAGAUAAAAGAUGCCAAAAAAGUACAUUUAAAGAUAUUUAUUUAUUUAUAAAAUAUUUUACCAGGAAAGAUACAUUGAGAUUUCUCUCGUUUUCAAGUAUGUCCUGGGUCCACAAAUCAUUGCAUUGUUACAUUAGGUACAACAAAAUACAAAAACAAUAUAAAUACACAAUAUAUACAAAAUUUUACAUAGAACAGGCAGGAAAUAUAUAAUCAACCAUAACACGUGCAUUCUGUUUUGAGGUAUGUAGAGAGGGAUCUCUUAAAUGACUUUAGGCUUAGGGAAGAUUUUAAAUUGUGCGGGAAGUCGUUCCACAAUUGCGGCGCUCUGUAGGAGAAGGAGGAUCGGGCCGCUUUCUUUUUGUAUUGAGGUAGACUAAGUAAAGUGCUUGUACUGGAUCGGAGCUUAUAGAAAGUGGGAACAGCUGGGGAAAGCAUUUUGUUCAGGUAGGGUGUGAGUUUCCCAGAAAAGCUCUUAAAAACAAGGCUGGAAAGAUGAAGGGUGCGUCUGGAUUCCAGCGACAGCCAGUUUAGUUCCUUUAGCAUGUCACAAUGAUGGGUCCUGUAAUUACAUUGUAGCACAAAUCUGCAGAACGAGUUAUACAAUGUGUUGAGUUUAUUAAUGUGGGAUUGCGAUGCAGACGCAUAUACUACAUCCCCAUAAUCAAUGAUUGGCAUCAGCAUUUGCUGUACAAUCUUUUCCUUUACUGUAGGGCUUAGGCAGGCUUUGUUUCUGUACAGGGCACCUAAUUUUGGAUAAAGUUUAGAUGCAAGCUUUUCUAUGUGCAGGCUAAAAGAUAGAUUGGGGUCUAAUAUCAUACCCAAGUAUUUGAAAGAGUGGACCGCGGUCAGUGUGCCAUUUGAAUUUGUUUUGAUGGAUAGGUGGGGAUUGUGUAAUUUGUGUAAUUUAGGUACCGUUCCAAAGAUCAUUGUGACAGUUUUGUCAGUGUUCAGGAAGAGUUUGUUUUUUGCGAUCCACUUUUCUACCUCUGUAAACUGGUCUUGGAGCAAAGCCUCAAGUUGAGGUAGAUUGGAUUUGCUCGCAUAGAUUACCGUGUCAUCUGCGUACAUGUGUACAUUUGAGGAUUGGCAGACAUUAGGCAGAUCAUUUAUAAAAAAUGUAAAUAGUAGGGGGCCGAGAAUGGAACCCUGGGGAACACCACACGUGACUGGGAGAGGGAGGGAGUCACUGUCAGAAAUGGACACAUAUUGCGAGCGAUCCGAUACAUACGAUCGAAACCAGUUUAAAGAAUGAUCACCAAUACCUGAGUUUUCGAGUUUGUGCAGUAGGAUGUCGUGGUCUACUGUGUCAAAGGCCUUAGCAAAAUCAAGGAAAAUAGCUCCUGUUAGGGCUCCUUGUUCCAUGCCAGUUUGGAUGUCAUUGCAAACUUUUAGGAGGGCAGUUGUAGUGGAGUGAUUCUGGCGAAAGCCCGAUUGAUCAGGGGUCAGAUAGUUUAAUUGUUGGUAGUACUCACAAAGUUGCGUAUGGACACAUUUUUCUAAGAUUUUUGACAAUACAGGGAGCAAUGAUAUUGGGCGAUAGUUAGAAACCAAAGUAGUGUCACCACUUUUAUGGAUAGGCACUACUCUCGCAGUCUUCCAAAGUUUGGGUAUGUAUCCAGACACCAAUGAUUCAUUAAUUAGAGUUGAGACGGGUUUAGCAAUUGCCGGCGCACUGAGCUUCAACAGCAUUGCUGGGAUUUGAUCAGGUCCGGACUGGUUUUUCAUUUUUAGAUUAUUAAGAUGUUUUUUAAUGACACUAACAGGUACAGGUCUAAAAUUAAACUUAUCUAUAUUGGGCCUUUGCAAAUUUAGUGGGGCCUGAUCCACAUUUGUAGUUUCAGGAUGCGUGUCAUUUAUUAGCUUGGCAAUCAGGGCAGUAGAGCAUCCGACAAAAUAAUUGUUAAAGGCAUUUGCUACAUCUAAGGGAAGUUGCAGGGUUUGGUUACCCAUUUUGACAGUGGAGGGUUGGGAGUGGAUUGGGGAGUUUGUAGUUUAUUUAUGACUUUCCAAAAGUUUCUAGGGUUUGAGAUGUUACUGUUCAGAUUUUCAUAGAAAUAUUGGGCCUUGGCCAGUUUUGUCUGUUUUGUGCAUAUAUUUCGCCAUUGUCUAUAUGCACCGUGAUCAUUCAUAUUUGCCUUCCAUGUUACUCUCUGCAUUAUUUAGUUGGUCUGCAUGCCAUUGCACGAAGAUAUUCUUAUAUUAUCCCAUUAAACCAUUAAGGAUAAGUGAAAUUUCUCUAUAAACUGACCGGUUUACUUGUAGCGUGGUUCAGUGUUCAUGUACAGCUGUUGGCUGAGCCAUUGUUUGUGACUCAGUUCUGUCAGUUCUCUGACAGAGAACUCAGCCCAGGUUUUGCAAGUAGCAUACUCUCAUAGCAGGCUAAUUUAUAGCUCUGAGACAUUAUCAGAUCUGCUUCACUUUUUACAAAUAUCUCCCAUUCUAAGCCACACUGUCUCAACUCAAAGUAGGCUCAGGGUGCUCUAGACACUAUCACCUUUGCAGUUAUACAAAUCUAUGAUGGUGCUUAGUGUGACCGUUUUCAGGUUUAUUCACUAAAAUAAGAAUUAUCAGGAGUUCACAGUGAAUUCCAAGUUUUAGACCAAAAUGUUCAAAUUAAAAGCAUAGCUGACCUAGAGAAUAUUUAAUCUACUGUGGCAUUAUUUACUCAUUAGGGAUCGACCGAUAGGUUUUUUAUUUUGUUUUUUUUUUUUGUUUUUUUUUUUUACAGCCGAUAAAUUACCGAUAUUCUGUACACUUACCAUUUUGAAAAAAUUUAACUAUUUCUAAAGGUUAAUGCACAAAAUAUACAUGCCACAUGUAGUGGAUGCAGUGUGUUUAGACAAGGGAGCUGUUUGUGUAGUGGAUGCAGUGUGUAUUUGUGUAGUGUGUGUGUAUAAUGAAUGCAGAGUGUGUUUGUGUAGUGUGUGUAUAGUGAAUGCAGUGUGUUUGUGUAAAAUGGGGAGAGAAGGGGGGCAGUAUUUAUUUAUUUAUUUUGUCCCCUCUCCCUGCUUGUUACCUGGCCAGAGAGAGGGUAAUAUAGCAUUCCCUGGUGGUCCGGUGGCAUGGACUUUGCAGUGGGGGCCAAACAAGCUUUUACUUACCUUCCCAAAAGCUCCCCUGUCUAACUCUCGCAGCCUGUGUGGCCGCGCGGAGCGUUGCCAUGGUAACCCGUGGCAACGCUCUGACGGCUGCGGGACUUGCGAGAUUUACACAGGGGAGCUGCUGGGAAGGUAAGUAAGAGCUUGCCUGUCAUGGGCCCAGCGGUCCUGGUCUGUAUUAUCGGCAAUAUCGGUAUCUUUAUUGGCCGAUACUGAUAUUGCUGAAAAUACCGAUAAUCGGUCGAUCCCUAAUACUCACUUUAGUUUAAAAAAAAAAAUAUCUUGCUUGUUUAAAUGUAUUGCCGUGUUUAGAUUCCGUCUAGAUGGGUAGAUUGAAUAUAGAAUAAAAUGCUUUUAAAUCCUAGCAGAAUAAAAUAAAUUGACAAAGUUGAAUGUUAAAGAACCCAUGUUUACCUGCCUCAGAGUUAACAUAGUACCACUUUUAAAAAAGGUGAAGUGAUUCCUUUCUAAAGCACUGCUAUUAUAUGGUUUAUUGAAUAUAUAUGUAGCAAAGAGCUAGUUUGAAGUUUGGGUUUCCUGACUCUAGAACUGUAUAUUGUAAGCUUAUGUGUCUUACUGUUCAUUGUGUUUUGCACAGUGUACUUUAUUUGUUUUUUUUAAUUUCUUUCUUAUUCCAAAUCCAGCCUACAUUGUUAUGUCUGAAGAGGAAUCGGUCUGCUGUAUCCUAUGCACAGACAUUGCAGAACAUUCCUGAGACCCAGCUUACUACUCUGGACAAUGGACUACGUAUUGCAUCUGAGGAAUCUAGCCAGCCUACCUGCACUGUAAGUCGACAAUAUUAUUUAGAAUGGCUUUCAGUUUUACAGGGAAUUUUGUAUCCAUGAACCCAUUCCAUCUUCUGAAUUUUAUCUUGUAACCUUAUUUAUAUUCAGGCUUGCAUUCACUGUUGAAGUGAUCAAAAAUCUAAAAUAAACUGUUUCCUUUUUAAUGAGAAGGUGGCAAGUGAUAUACCUCUAGUAACUGUUCAAAUAUAUAUUAAAAGUUUUUGAUAGGAAGACAUGACUGAGGGUCAUUUGCAUAAUGAUAUAUAUAGAAAUCUGCAUACAUUCUGUGUCUCACUAUGGUGUGUGUGUGUGUAUAUAUGUGUAUAUAUAUAUAUAUAUGUGUGUAUAUAUGUGUAUGUGUGUGUGUGUGUGUGUGUGUGUGUGUAUAUAUAUAUAUAUAUAUAUAUAUAUAUAUAUAUAUAUAUAUAUAUAUAUAUAUAUAUAUAUAUAUAUAUAUAUAUAUAUAUAUAUAUAUAUAAAAUAUUGUCCCAUUCUUACAAGGAGAAAAUAAUUACAUUGAUUGCUUGACAUUGCUUACAGCAAGUCCUGCUUUAUCGCUCUAUCUACAGAAUGAGAAUCUGCUACGUGGAUUGGAGCUUUAUUGACCUGUGAAUUAACUUUGUGUCCUUUUAUUAAUUCUUCAGGUGGGGGUGUGGAUUGGAGCUGGGAGUCGCUAUGAAAACGAAAAAAACAACGGCUCAGCAUUUUUCUUGGAACAUCUGCUGUUUAAAGUAAGUCAAAGCUACAUCUUAUGUUCUUCUUCAAUAGAACAUGUUCUAUGUAUAAUUUUUAAUUCCAAAAUUAGAUGUGGAAACAGACGCUUCUUUAGGCUAUAAAUGUCCAUAACCUCAGGGUGUCUGGGUUCACAUAGGAUAGUCUUCAUUCUUCUUAGGAUGGGUGUCUAUUAAAAGAAAAAAAGUUAAAAAGGUAGGCCAGAAUGAUAUGGUUGAGAACAUUUUUUUUCUUUUAAUUGGCUAUUAAAAAUUGAGGAGAGACAAUAAGUGCCAAUAAAUGGACCAACCAUUUAUUGGCACUUAUUGUCUCUCCUCAAUUUUUAAUAAAAUCUGUUUCAAAUUUAAAACUUGCAGUUCCAGACAUCUUGAGAAUCAGUCUGAAUAAAUGUUUUUUUUUGGGGUUUGCUUUCUUUCUGUGAAUACUGAAACUCUUGGGUUCAAUUUUGUAUUCUUUACCUUCCUUCAGGGAACAAAGAAACGCCCUCAGGCUGCUUUGGAACAAGAGGUAGAGAGUUUGGGAGCUCAUUUAAAUGCAUAUACAUCACGCGAGCAGACAGCUAUCUACAUCAAAGCUCUUUCGAAGGACUUACCGAUGGGUAAGCAGUGUCUAGCAGCUCAGUUAUAACCCAAGUCUGCAAAAUAUGGUAGCAUUUUAUAAAUUAAUUAUGACCAAAUGCAAUAUUCUGCGCUAAAAGACCUCCUGGAAGCAAGGGCCAUUCAAAAAUUAUUUUAUUUGGCAGACUAGAUGGGCUGAAUGGUUCUUAUCUGCCAUCACAUUCUAUGACUAUGGGAAGAAGGCACAGCUGCGGAAACGGUGUUCCACUCUGGACAUUGUUCAGCUGGGAAACCUUGCAUUCUGGCAUUCAUGUGUUGCUUUGAGACAUACCACUUACCUAGCGAUUGUUACAAUCCAUGUACAUCCAUUCAUGGUAGUGGUGUUCCCUGAUGGCAGUGGUCUCUUUCAGCAGGAUAAUGCACCCUGUCAUCCACAAUCACCAGAUUUCAAUCAAAUUUAACCUCAGUGGGGUGUGCUUAAACAACAAAUCUAAUCCUAAAUAAUGCUGUUGGUACAUGUGUUCCUAGAAACUGCAUUACAAUGUAUUAAACAAAUAUAUAUUAUAAGAUUCAAACAGUAAUGCAGAUCUAAGGUAGUUUAAACUGGUUUCCUAGCCACAUGUUAUGCAUACAUUUUAAUUGCUUGGUUCCAAAUAUUAAUGUUACUAUGCGGGUCCAGUUUGGCAAUGAUUUAUUUCUUUCCUAGCUGUGGAGAUUUUGGCUGAUGUGGUACAAAACAGCAGCCUGGAGGAUUCGCAAAUUGAGAAGGCACGUCAGGUGAUGUUACGUGAGCUGCAGGAAAUCGACUCCAACCAGCAAGAAGUUGCCUUUGAUUUUCUGCAUGCAACUGCCUACCAGGGAACAGCUCUUAGCCGAACUGUUGUGGGACCUUCUGAGAAUGCAAAGUGGGUAGCAAAAAGUCAUGUAUUUCUCAGAUUAAUUGCACCACCCUCUUUCCAAAACGAUAAAAUAAAGUUUAGCUUUUUUUUAAUUAUUAUUUAUAUAUUAUUUAUUUAUUUUUUUGUCCCUUAGCAAGCUAUCUAUAUCAUAAUAGUGCUAACAUAAUCGUUUUAACAAUGAUAUGAGUGCUUGUUAUUGAAUACAGCCAGUUUUAUACCGUAAUUAGUUAAUAAUGUUGCCUAGUUAUUUUAGCAUUCAACUUUAACUACACCUAGCAGAUUUUGGUUUUUUUUCAAUGGGACUGUCACUUCUCAGGAUUUUUAAUAUUAUGUUUACUUUUUCUCUGUAUUUAACAGAUGUGAAAAGUAGAAAUCCAUACACUUCUACCCUACAACCGGAACCUACAUUUUAACUUUAUUUCAAUCAUAGUUAUCUGUUCUGUCCUUUGCACUUGUAUACAUAGAGAUGGCAUACAGAGUAGGGUAAAAAAAAAGCUGACAAAUAUAAGAAUAUUCCCUUUGCAGGGAGUGCACAUGCAAAGAAGCUAGCUCUCCCUUCCCACCCUCUGAGCGCACUCUUCUGCUGUUCACAAAGUGGGGUAAAUCCUCCCUUUCUUUGCCAGCCCAGAGCGUACUCCUGCAUUCUGAGUUGGGGGAUCAGUCUAACCACAGGCGUCUCUAUUAGAAGCCUGAGAUUGGUCCAUACAAGUGCUGGGUGACGUCACAAUGGGGCUUGGAAAAUCAGAGCCAGGAGCUUCGCCAGGGGCUGCAUUAAGGGGAAGUAAAAAAAUAUAUAUAUAUAUUUUUUUUUACAGGGUGGCAGUGGACCUCAAUGGUAUGCCACAGAGGGCGUUUAGAAUGUAUAUUUAAUCAGGGCUGGAGUAACCCUUUAAAAAUACAUUUAAAAGAAAUUGGAGCAUCAGAAUAAAAAGUUAAUACAAGUUAUUGCUGACUUUCAAUAGUGUAAGAGGAGGGACGGUUUCUCUUUAAAUGUUCUCUGACAGUUAUAAAUGUCAGUGCUAUUUUCCUGAUAGUUAUAACAUAUACAGGUGCUUCACUAUUAUUAUAGAGUUAAGUUCCACACUACAAUUGUAAAAGGAGUAUCGCUUGAAAGUGAAUCACAGGAUUUUUUCAUUUAUGCAUAAAAGCCUUAAAUCAUUUUUAUACCAUCAUGCAUCAAAUGUAUAUUAAGUGUGCAAUAUCGCUAGACCAAAAACCAUAAUGAAAAUAAUGCAUUGUUAAUCUUAAAGUGGAGAUCGUGGAAAUUCAAAAUCUAAUAUUUAAAAUUACUAUGUUGGCAACGCAAAAAAGCAAGUUUUACCUGUUCUCUGUGUGUGUGUCCAUCCUUCCCCCUCCUUGGAAUCGCGAGUUACUAUGAACACUUGCUCAUUGCUCUUGCUUUAUUGUUUUCUGAUCUCUGGGAAUGUAUUGUCUUUUCAUUUCAUGUCAUUUUCUCAAGUCUCUACUGCCACCUAAUGGUUAUGGUUUAGAUAGGAUCUUUAUUAAAAAGGGACUGUAUACCAAAUGGAAUUUACCUAUAAUUUCAGCAGUCAAAACAUAUGCAUUUUAAAGAGGUUAAUCAGUAUUCCUUUUUUAACAUUUUCAGUCUUGUCUUACAAUUUUCCAUGACCUGUCUGAAGCAGUGACCCAUGGAAACGUGCAUCUUCUCAUGUAGGGCAGAAUACAGAUCUUCCAGAGACUUAUAUAUUAUUUUUUUUUUAUUUUUUUUCUGUGGUGAAGGUCCCGGCAACUUCGUGCCAGGUGUUAAGGGCCAUGUUACUUGAGGGAGCUCCUUUGCAAAAUGAAGACCACUUUUUGUAUGCAUGACCGGUCUGCUUUAAGUCAGGUUAGGGCAAACACAGUGCUAAUUCAUGACAUUUUUAACAAAGUAAUUUCACCCCCUUCCCCCAUAUAUUUUAGGAAGCUCACCCGAGCAGACCUUGUUGAUUACGUUAACAGCCAUUUCAAAGCACCUCGUAUGGUACUGGCAGCUGCUGGAGGUAAAUAAACAUUGUUACAUAAGAAUGUGUGUGACUGUUCAUAAUCUACUUUUUUUUUAUUUUUUUUACUUGUCAUGCAAAAAUUGCUUACUAUUGCUUAAUUAUUUUUUUCUUUUGUUUACCUCUAUGCAUUCAUUCUGUAAUAAUAAUUUGGCACUGAAGAGGUUGUGGACUACAUCUCCCAUAAUCUUACAGAUAUAAUGCUGACAAAGCAUCAGCGGAGAUGUGCUCCCUGAAGUCUGCUACAACUGCUCUAGAGCAGUGAUUUUCAACCAGUUUUGGUGUAUAGCACAUACCUCUGAAGUUUCACUGCUGAAUUUACCGUUUAGGAGUUGAAUUACUCUUGUUUCUGCAGCCCUAGCUACACCUCCCUUUGCUGUCAUGUGACUGACAGAAUACAUGAAAACAAAAUUGGUUUAAUUUUCAAUCAAAUGAAACUUAAUUUAUCUCCAACUCUGUAAACUGAAAUUAAAUAGCAUACAGGAUGCUCCUGAAUGGUCUAGCUAGCGAUGAACAAGGCUGAAAAUAAACAUGAAACAUGAACCGAAUUUGCAAUAAAAGUAGUAAAAACAGAUGACUCUAUACUGGAAGUGUUUAGGGUGGCUGUGUAAGUAAAAUGCAGGGAGGUGUGACUUGUGCUGUAUAAACAAAGUGAUUUAACUCCUAAAUGGCAGAGAAUUGAGCAGUGAGGCUGUGGGGGCAUGAUCUAUACACCUAAACUUCAUUAUUAAGCUAAAGUUAUUUUGAUGACUAUAGUGUCCCUUAACAUCGGGAUUCUCAUCUGGCAACUAAUUAAAACUAUAAAAUUUAUGUGGCUUGAAAUGUGCAUAUCUCUCUAAUACGCUUAAAGUAAAUGUGAUAUGAAGGUUAAACAAAUGUGUAUGCCUUUUCUUUACAGUGAAUGUUUGUUCAUUUAAGUUAAGGAAUCACUGCUCUAGGGAAUGCACAGAACUGCCUCAAAAGCUUUUACUAUUUUAUCCCCUGGAAUAAUUGUAGGAUUUUGUUAUACGGCACAGCUCAGGUUUUUGUUUAAGCAGCAUGCCAUUAAUUUUGAAACUAUAUAUUUUUCUUUCAUCAGGAAUUAAUCACAAGGAGCUCUGUGACCUGGCUCAGCGUCACUUCAGUGGUCUUUCAUAUACCUAUGAGAAUGAUGCUGUCCCAUUGCUGACUCCCUGUAGGUUUACUGGAAGUGAGGUAUGAUCUUGCCAAGCCAGACUUUAGCAAUUGAUUCUGUGUGCUCUUUAUGAUACCAUUAAACAUUAUUAACCCCCUUUCAGAUAUUCCUCAAGUUCUUCUGUUAAUAAGCUUCCUUCUAUUUUUUCAGAUUCGUGCACGUGAUGAUGCCCUCCCACUGGCCCAUAUCGCUGUUGCAGUAGAAGGGCCUGGCUGGAAUAGCUCUGACAAUGUAGCCUUGCUUGUAGCCAACUCUAUCAUUGGCAACUAUGAUGUAACAUACGGAGGAGGAAAGGUAAGGGAAAGUGAUGAGACAGUUGAACACUGUCUUCAAUAUUUUAGGUCCAAUUUGCCUCAAACCGCACUAUGCCAAAGAGUAAUGGAAUACCCCUUGCUUUCUCUUUCAUAUGAAUUGAAAAACGUCAGUAGUCUAAAAAAAAAUUAAAAACUUUUUUUAUGCAGCCCUAGCCACACCUUUCCUGGAUGAGACUCACACAGCCUCUCUACAUCCUUCGUAUGAAAAAAUGAUCUAAUUUUUAAACUAUUUUCAUUGCCCUUUGUGUUUAAUUUAUAAUUUAUCUCCUGCUCUGUUAAUUGUCUGCUAGAGCCUGCAUGAGACGUGUGUGUGUGUGUGUGUGUGUGUGUGUGAUAAAAUUAAUUUAACAGAGCAGGAGAUAAAAACUUCACAAGUAAACAUGCUGUGCUGUAAGAUCUUUGAAAAUAAAGCCUUUUUUUUGUUUUUCAUGCUGGCUUUGUGAGUCACAGCCAGGGAGGUGUGGUUAGGACUGCCUUAACAGAAACAAAGCUUAGAGUAUCCCUUUAAGUCGUUGUCAUGCCUGUUUGCAAUAAAUUACAAGCGAGGUGUGUGUAGAUUAGAAACUCAGAAAAGUACAAUCCGUAUUCUGCUGAUUUUAUACUAUCCUCACAUACUGCAAUCUACCUCAUCUGUUUUGUUUUUAGAUCAUUAUUCUCAAACUUCCUCAGCUGUAGCUGCUAUAGUAUCAUUGCUGCUACCUGCAGUUUUAUAUUGCCGAUUUUAUUCUUAAACAUCAGAAGGUUUCAGAAGCAGACAUUACAAUGGCAUGAGGCAUUGCAAUUUAUAUUUGGUAAUGAUAUCAAAUAAAUGUAUUAGUUGCUCUCACUGUUUUGUUAACUUUUUCCAUAGAAUCUCUCCAGUAGACUUGGAAGAACUUCAGCAGAGUACAAUGCCUGCCAGAGCUACCAAACGUUCAACAUUCGUUAUUCUGACACAGGACUUUUUGGAAUCCACUUUGCUACAGAUAAACAUAAUAUCGAAGAUAUGCUGCAUAUAGCCCAGGGAGAAUGGUGAGCCACUGGUUGGAUCCCAACAUUUGUUAGCCAGCUCAUCACUUUAAUUGACGUAAUACCACUACUAAUAAAUAUUGAUGAUAUUAUUAACAUUUACCGGUAUAUAUGAAUGAUGGAUGUGUGUGAUCUUUAAGGAAAGCUGCCCCACCUCACACCUGUACAAAUUGUAAUUUAAAAGUAAUAUAUAUAUAUAUAUAUAUUAUUAUUAUUAUUUUUUUAUAUAUAUAUACAUGCAACAAGAUCUGUCACCAUAGUUAAACCACAAAAUAGAGCACUUAUGUAAUACAUUAAAAAGAGGCAAAAAGGAAAUUUUAGAAAACGUUACUCAUCUCUGGUAAUGCUUACAUUUCGCAGCGUUGGCACCAGUUGUUUGAUUUUUAUGUACAUAUUAUAUAUUUAACAAUAGCAAUGGAAUGAAUAUAUUCUUUAAUUCUCAACUACGGGCGCACUUGUCCUUGGGGUAUUUAAAAUCUGUGAAAUAGUUAACUCCAUUAUUUCAAUGUUAGGAUGCGUCUCUGUACCAGCGUGACAGAAAGUGAGGUGGCACGAGCUAAAAAUGUCCUGAAAACCGCUCUGGUGAACCAGCUAGAUGGUAUGUAUGUUUUGUGUCAUCCCCAAGAGUACUGGUCAAUUGUGUCACUCCAGCACUUGCUUACUACUUCCAUACUGCAAUUCUUUAUUGGCAAUUUUCAUAUUCUGUUUUUUUUUUUUUGUAGGAACAACUCUUGUUUGUGAAGACAUUGGACGUCAGAUCCUGAAUUAUGGGCAGCGUAUUCCCUUGGAAGAAUGGAAUUCUAGAAUUGAUGUAAGUUUAGAUUUUGCGUGUCUGUGCUGUGUAUCUUCUCAAAUCUGCAUACUGUGACACAGAACAGCUACAUGCCAAUCAUCUUCUUGAUCACAGGCCUUUUGAGUCAAAGUAUAGUUUUAAAUCCUUUCACAUCAGAAGAGAGAGAUUGUUAUUUUACAGAGCUGGAUAAAAAAAAAAAAAAAAUAGAAAUUUGCAUUCAGAUGUUGAAACACUUAUUUUGGGAGCAAGUGGCUUUUAACAUAAACCAUGGCUAGUGAAUGUAAAACAGAUUACCUUUUUCUGUGUUUGCUCUUUCUGGUGAUUUUUGUAUUGCUCUAUAACAGUAUAAUUUCUUAUUAUUAUAGGCUGUCAGCGCCAAAACAGUGCAGGAAGUUUGCUCAAAAUAUCUGUAUGACAAAUGCCCUGCUGUUGCUGGAGUUGGUAAGUGCAAUAUUUAUGCAUUAUGACUUGCACCUACACGGUUCUACACAUGUAACAAGUGCCAAUCAUCCUGUUCUUUACUCUUCUAGGUCCCAUUGAACAGCUUCCAGACUACAAUCGUAUCCGCAGUGCCAUGUAUUGGCUGCGUUUCUAAUUUUCAUAUUUCAGUCACACCAGUUAUCCCAACGUCACAGUUGGAGGAACUUCAGAUGUGUUAUUUUUGCGUACCAUUGGCUGUUUCUACAAGCCUUCCUCUGGCUUUUACUGAUCUUGGGUCACAGAGCUGAACAUUUUACCCAAUAUAUGGCCCAGCAGGGAAUGGUGUCUUCAAGUCGCAAUUUAAUUUUUUUUUUUUUUUUUAUGUUGCGCAAUACAUGUACCAUAAAAGGAUACGUAAAUAAAAUAUAACUUAAGUGGAAGAUUUUGUGAAGGGUUUUUCUGUAUUAAC